AUGACAAGUGGAAGAACUAUAUAUUGUGUCCAGUCGGGUCUUUCUGCCCUCCAUAGCCAGUCUUCGUCCGUUAAGCUGUUGCGCUCUCGCGGAACUACCAGCCGAAAGUACCUACAGAACUGGAAUUGGACGUCCUCCGCAACAGUCCCGGAACCUCCGCUCAAGUCGUAUCCUACUAUUUUGCAAAGACGCCUAUUCAGAUCGCCGCCUGCUUUACAGCAGCGCUCAAUUUGCCGUAUUUCGCGAUCGAAAGCUCCCAGCCGGGGUUAUCCGCAACCGCAAGAGAAAACUCCUUGUGCCGUUUCCACGAAGACUAGUAAACCGGAUUUAGGAUUUUAUAGAAGUCUUCCCCGUCCUUUCCAAAGCAGCUUUGACCCGUGGGCUGCCGCCGCCGCCGCCUCUCUCCUCGCAAUACUCUACGCCUUCAUCACUGGUGACGUUGAGCGUUCUACCCCGCAAUCCGCAAACCCACCGGCUUCACAAGCAAACGCAGACGCCCUAGACGUUGUAGAGAACGAGACCGAGAUCAAUAUGACACAAGGAGCACUUCCCGGUAGGGUAGGGCAUUUGACGGCGGAAGAGGAAGAAAAGUUAAAAGAAUUCUGGGUUGCAACCCUCCAAGUCUUCGGUGUCCUAGAUGCAAAGACAACAGACGAGGAUGCGUCGGCCGACGGUGCGAACGGUACUAAAAAGACAGACGCAGCAGGAUCCAAGAAAUCAAAGAAGAAGAGAAUGGGCCUAUUCCGCAGAAGCAAGGAUAGCGAUGCGGAUUCCACAACGUCUACUGAAUCAGGUGCACGCACGCCCACGGUGGUUUCGGAAUCCGACGACAAAUAUGGGCAAACGAAGGAAUUCCACGAAGCCCUGGCAAACCAAUCCCCCGAAUCCCUCCGGGCGACGUUUUGGAGCAUGGUGAAGCACGACCACCCGGACGCGCUCCUGCUACGUUUCCUGCGCGCGCGGAAAUGGGAUGUCGAGAAGGCGUUGAUUAUGAUGAUAUCUACGAUGAGAUGGAGAGCUAAGGAUAUCCAUGUUGAUGAUGAUAUCAUGAAGAAUGGCGAAUUGGCAUCCCUGGAAGCUUCGAGCGACGAGGAUCCUGCGAAGAAACGGCUGGGUGAGGAUUUCUUGGCUCAGCUGCGCAUGGGGAAGAGUUACUUGCAUGGUUUGGAUAAGGAGGGCAGACCGAUGUGCAUCGUCAGGGCGCGUCUUCAUAGACAGGGGGAGCAAAGCGAGGAGUCUCUUGAGCGUUAUACUGUUUACACAAUUGAGACUGCACGGAUGAUACUAGCGCCUCCUGCAGAUACUGCUUGCGUGGUCUUUGAUAUGACGGGAUUCUCUCUGGCAAAUAUGGACUACGCCCCUGUCAAGUUCAUGAUAAAAUGCUUUGAAGCAAAUUAUCCUGAAAGUUUAGGCGUGGUACUGGUCCAUAAAGCCCCAUGGGUUUUCCAGGGUAUUUGGAAAAUCAUCAAAGGGUGGCUCGACCCAGUCGUAGCCAGCAAAGUCCACUUCACGAACAGCACCGACGAAAUGUCAGAAUUCAUCCCAAGGAGCCAUAUCAUGAAAGAGCUUGGUGGCGAUGAAGACUGGACCUACCAAUACAAAGAGGCAGUACCAGGAGAGAACGAUAAGAUGAAAGAUACAGAGACAAGGAACAAAUUACUCACAGAGCGAGAAGCCACCGUCGACGAAUAUGAGAAGGUCACGAUUGACUGGAUCCAGUCAACCGAUGCUGAUUCUACGGCUAUCAAGGAAAAACGACAUCAAAUUGCGGAUUCUCUACGGGUUGGCUACUGGGUUUUAGAUCCAUAUGUACGAGCGAAGUCAUACUACGACCGCGUCGGCAUGAUUGGGCCUAGCGGCGUGGGGCAGUUCUACCCAGCGAAAGACGAGCCUAAAGAGAAGCCGAAGGAGGAGCCAAAAGCUUCUAAUGGGGUCGCUGCUACUCCCGUGGAGACAUCGGCGGAUGACCUAGAUUAG